AUGUUUUGCUGCUUACGAACAAGAGGCCGGAAAGAGGGGAAUCAGGAUCAAAAGCCGGUGGCGGUGAGCUAUGGAUACGGUGAGAUUGAGGGGAAAUCGAAAGGCGGCGGGAAGGAUGGAAACAUGGUUGUUUUGGCGGGAGCAGGCGCCGCAGUUGCUGCCACCGCCGCUACGGCUGUGGUGGUGGCUGGCGUCGUGAAUUCCGAUGAUGGUACAUCGCAGGGGUGCUGCUGCGGCGGUGGAGACGGUGGAGCGGGGUGCGGCGGCUGUGGUGGUUGUGGAGGUUGA